AGAUGGCGGCGACGGCGGGCGUGGUGGAGGAGCUCACGCGGGUGUUCCGGGAGCUGCCGCCGCGGCCGGCCGUGGAGGAGGUCGAGGCGGCGGCGGCGGUGCUGGCCUCGGCCGACGCGGAGGAGGAGGCGCGCCUGGCCGAGGUCGGGCGGGAGGAGGCGGCGCGGCAGCGGAAGGCGGACGGGGUCCCCGGGGAGCUCCUCGCCGUUCUGCGAGAGGCCAGGCGCGCCGCGGUGCGCCUCCGCGCGCUGCAGCAGCGGAAGGAGGCCGCGCACGUCGUCGAGCUGGAGAGGCGGUUCAAGGUGCUCGACGGGCUCAUCCAGAGGGCGUCUAGGGUCGUGUCCCCGUCUGGUGACGGAGGAGGCGGCGGCGGCGGCGGAGAUGGUUAUGUGGAGGAGGAGGUCGUGGAGGACACGGAUGCCAAGCGGGCUGACGUGGCGGCGGCGCCGGCGGUCCUGGAGAUUGAGCGCGGGAACACGGGCGUUGGCUUCGGCUUGGACUCUGAGGCCGUCUCGUCGCUGCCUCGCCAUGGCUCUACAGGCACUGACAUGGUGGACCAGAAGUUGAGCCUUAUCCAAGUGGCAAGCCUUAUAGAGUCAUCAGCAAAGAGAGGGACCACAGAGCUCAAUCUCCGAGGGAAGCUGGUAGACCAGAUUGAAUGGCUCCCUGUUUCACUUGGGAAGUUGCAAGAUGUUACUGAGCUUGAUAUAUCCGAGAAUAGGAUCAUGGCACUCCCAUCAACAAUUGGUAGCCUUAGAUACUUGACGAAACUUGACCUCCACUCAAACCGGCUGAAAAAUCUUCCUGAUACAUUCGGGGAACUGUCUAGCCUAAUUGAUCUUGAUUUGCAUGCAAACCAGCUGAAGUCUCUUCCUGCAUCUUUUGGAAAUCUCACAAGCCUAGCAAACCUUGACCUGAGCUCGAAUGAGUUCAAGAUAUUGCCAGAUUGUAUAGGAAAAUUGAUUAACUUGAGAAGAUUAAUAGCUGAGACAAACGAGCUUGAGGAACUACCCUAUACUAUUGGAUCUUGCGUGUCUCUUGUGGAACUUAGAUUGGACUUCAAUCAGUUGAAAGCCCUUCCAGAAGCUAUUGGGAAGUUAGAAAAGCUUGAGAUUCUCACAUUACACUACAACAGAAUCAAAGGCCUGCCUACAACAAUUGGGUCGCUUACCAGAUUGAGAGAGCUGGAUGUCAGUUUCAAUGAAGUUGAAGGGAUCCCUGAAAACAUUUGCUUUGCGACUAGCCUUGUGAAGUUGAAUGUCAGCAGGAACUUUGCCGAUUUAAGAGCACUGCCAAGAUCAAUAGGAAAUCUUGAGAUCCUCGAGGAGUUGGACAUCAGCAGCAACCAGAUACGCACACUGCCUGAUUCAUUCCAGUUCCUUGCUAAGCUUAGUGUAUUUCAUGCUGAUGAGACUCCACUGGAAGUACCGCCAAGAGAAGUUAUAAAGUUAGGGGCUCAGGCCGUGGUUCAAUAUGUUGCUGAGAUGGUUGCUUCAAGAGGAGCAAGCCAGAAGAAAACAGAGGAGACAAGCUUCUGGGCCUGGUUCCGCUCACUCUUUGGUUGCUGCAAAAAUGAUGAAGAAAUGGGAAUUGUUCCAGCUUAGCUGAAGCAUUUCAUCUGUAUGUAUUUGGUGUUGGUGCGAAUUCAUAUACUUGGUCAGCAAUGAUAGGAAGGUCGCUCGUCACUUUUGAUCUUUUUUUUCAGUUUGUGUGUGUAUUGUGUGUGUGUGUGUUUUUGUAAAGGCCCAUUUCUAGUUCUUUCCCCAACAACUAGUAAGAUUCACUUCUUUGUGUAACUCCACAUGUAUUAUAUGAUGGCAGAUCACUCUCAUUACAUUAAACAUGUCUAUUUGAGAUUACAUUUAA